AUGGAGCCUGCACAAGACCCAGAGGAGCUGCGCCCUCAGACAGAAGUGAUUGCAGACACGAUUCUUGAGGUCGGAGAGAGACUCUUUCAGGUCAGCCGCAGGGCACUUGCAGUGCACAGUCGGUAUUUUGAAGCCAUGUUUUUUGGGGGGGCAAGAGAGAGCUCUGAGCACCACAUAGUGAUCCGGGGGAUCGAUGCGGCGCCUUUCCAGGCACUGCUUGAGUUCACUCGCACAGCCCAAGUGCUUAUAGGGCAAGAAAACGUGACCAGCUUACUGGAAACAGCUGAUUUUUUUCAGUUUAACAGGGUGAAACUCUUGUGUGAGAAAUUUCUGGAGAGAGAGCUGCAUGUUUCCAACUGCCUGGGCCUGAUGACCUACUCACAGCAAUUUGCCUUUGUAGACCUGUACGUGUCUGCUAUGAACGUGGCUCUCACGCACUGGGGGGAUGUGAUGUGCCAGGAAGAAUUUAAGGCGCUACCCAAAGAAAUGCUGAUGCAGCUCCUAACGAGCGACGACCUCUUCGUUUCACGAGAAGACGUGGUUUUUGACAGCGUUAUGAGGUGGAUAAUGGAGGACCCGACAACGAGAGAGGAAGACUUCCUGGAUUUGGUGGGCAAAGUCAGGGUCGCUUUUCUAAGUCUGUCCUUCCUCGAUCUCUUGGUGAAACGCAGCAAGCGCUCUGGAGAGACAGAUAUCUUUUCCAGACUAAUAAAGAAGUUAGACAGCUCUCCUCCACCCAGCUGGCAAAAUACGAAACUGUGUCCUUAUACCGGUCGGAGCUAUGACACCUUAUAUGUCCUGGGAGGAAAGCAUGACAAAGAACAGCAAGAAUUAUUUCUCUUUCAACCUAAAACAGGGACGUGGCAGGCUUGUUCUCCGCUGCAGCGCAGGAACCUCACCCAGUACGCGGUGGCAGCAGUAGGGAGCUUUCUUUUUGUGACAGGAGGAUAUUUCCGAGAUGAGUUUGUGUGGUACAGUGUGGACUGGGUGCUCGUCUACAAUUGCCUGGACAACAGCUGGCUGGAGGGGCCCGCCAUGAAGAAGUCCCGCAACAGCCACUGCGCCGUGGGAGCGGGGCUCUACCUGUACGUGCUCGGAGGGAACACGGACGAAGGGAUAAUCCCAGCCGUGGAACGCAUGGCUUUGUCAGAGUGGGAAAGUAUGAGUCCUAUGGCUCAACCUGUAGAGAGAGGAGAUGCCGUCAGCGUGGGAACCAAGAUCUACGUGGUCUGUGGCCUGGAUGAAAACGGCCACGUAUACGAUGGAGUGCAAAGGCUGAACAUAGAGACAGACAGCUGGGAUGUCAUCUCAUUCUCCCCGCUUCCAAGGUAUGACCUCUGCAUCACGUCGCUGAACGGAGCUCUGUACACCGUCGGAGGGGGAGCCUUUCGAUUCGAUGUGGAGACAGAUGAAUGGACCCAGGUGGAUGAGGAAUGCUUGACCCAAAAGUUCUUCAUGGGAUGCAGUGCUGCGAAUGGACGGAUUUACCUCCUUGGACAGAGGAAGGGAAACAGUGCCCUCCCCGUUGUAGUGCUCUUUGAUCCCUACAUUGACAUGUGCCAGGUCAUAGACAACAAACUGCCUUGCCCUCUUCCUAUUCGUGGGUGUGUCUCCGUGCGAAGAUUUGAUGCAUAG